AUGAACCAUUCUAUAGACUAUUAUAAUAAAUAAUAGUAAAAGUUAUAUGAAUAUAUGGUUAGUUUAACUUAGAAUGUAACUGGAGUAGAGAAAAUUGUAAGUUUUAUUUUUUUAAUAAAAGUUUACAGAUCUAAUUAAAUGUUUGUAUUCAUUUAGUUAAGAGAUAAAAGUUGUUGGUGAAAAACUACAUAAUUAAAUUAGUUAUGGCAAUGAACCUGAUAUUUUAGUUUGUUUAUAUUAAUAAGUGAGUAAUUACUUAUUGAGAUUAUCAUAAAAUUGGGAAUCUAUUGCACUUAAACUAAAAGGUGAGAUAGCUGAACCAUAUACACAAUUUGUAUUAAAUUUUAGAUAAACAAAUCGAAAUUUGAAUACAGAAUCAAAAAAAUAAGUAACAGAAAUUUGGGAAACUAGAAAAGAAAUGUGUAAAGCCUAAGAUGAAUAUUGGAAAAUAAUGAAACAAUUUGAAUUAAAAAAUUAAUAAGCAUAAGAGAUGAUUGUUUUAAUAGAAAAAAAAAGUGCUACAAGAGAAGAUUUUCAGAAAUAAUUUACUAAUUCUUUAAAAUUGAAGGAAUUAGCUGAUGAAUCUGAAAAAGAUUAUAAAAAGUUAUUAGCAAUAACUAAUGAGAAGUGGAAAUCAUUUUAUGAAGAAUGGGAUAAUAUUUUUGUAAAUGUUGGAUUAAAUGAAUAGAGUAGGUAUCUAAAUAAAAUAUUAUACUAUAUAGAAUACUGUUUACAAAACAAACUGUUAGUUCAUUAUUAAAAUUAUUACCUUUUGAUUAAGAUUUAUCAUAAUUGGAAGAAAAGAUAACAGAUUUAGAAUUGUAAUUAAAAGAAGAUCCAAAAAUACCGAUUCGUAAAUUAAUAGAAAAAAAAAUGGAAAUUAAAGAUAGUAGACAUUAUUUAAUAUUAUUAGCAUGCAAGUAAUAAUUUGAAGAGUUUGUUAGUUAUGAAUAGUGGAAAAGAAUUAAUAUAAAUUCAGAACAUAAUAAUCCAAUUUAACAGAUAUAAUAAUCUUUAUAAAUAGUAGGAGAUAGAAUUUUAGAGGAUGAGAAAAAAGUAAUCGAUAAAUAUCUUAUUACAUUAUUCAAUAUUGAUACUACUGAUAAGAGUGAAUUAAUUAUUAAAAUUAAAUAAAUUUUAUAGAAGUAAGCAGGCAGAAAUUAUUUUAUUAAUUAAUUAAUUAAAUUACAUUCUAAAUCAAUUGAGGAAUAAUAAACAUGUAAUUUAUUGAUAAAUUAAUUAGCAUUUUAUUUAACAUUAUCAAAUGAGUAAUUUUAAGAGUUUACAUAAAUAAUAAGACAUUGGUUAAAUUAUAUAGAAUUGAAUGAUUCAUAUGAAUAAGAAGAUAUUUAUGAUUUAUUACUAAAAUCAAUAAGAAUAGUACGUAAAGAUGGAAAGGAUAGAAUAAAUUUAGCAUCUUAAUUAUCAGAUAUAACACUAUGGAAGAAAAUAGAUAAAUGGAUUUUAUUAUUUUAAUUUAUAAAUGCUAAAAAAGUGGAUGAGAAAAGAAAAUAAAUAGAAUUAUUGAAAUAAGAAAAUUAAAAUAAUAUAGUUUAGAAAGGAUUUAAAAUGAUAGGUUCAAUAUUUAAGAAUUUAGGGACAGCUUAAUAAUCUUAAUUUGAAUUUAAUGAGAGUGAAAUAUGUUAUAUGAUUAUGGAGGAAAUUAAUUUAUUUUUGACUUCAUUAAAAUUAUCAUCUGAUUUAUCAACUGAAAUAAUAAUAUAAAUAGCUUCAUAAUAGCCAAUUGUUGAUAAAGAACAUGUUAAAAGAUUAUUUGAGAAAUAAGAAGAUCAUAAUAAUACUUAAUGGAAGAAAUUAUUUAGAUCAGGAAAAAUUUUAUUGGCUCAUAAAUCUGAAAAAUAUGAAAGAAGAAAUAUGCAUGAAUAUCAAAAUAAGGUAGUAUAAGUUUUUGGUACAGCAAUGAAGUAAUAUUAUUAAAAAAUAUAAAUAAUAGAUUUUUAACAAUUAAUGAUAAACCAUGGUAAUUACUUUUAAUAAAUAGUCAGUUUGCUAAGCAUUUAAAACACAAAAUAAAAAAGUUUUAUUUAGCUAAUGGAUAGGUUUUAUCAAGUGAGUAAACUCAUUAAUUAAGAUUGUAAUUAAUAACUUAGACUUUAUAAUUAAAAUAAAUGAAAAUAGAUUAUGUUGAAAUGAAAACAAAAGUUGGAUUAGAAAUGGAUAUUAAUUAAUUACAUGAAGAAACAAUUAAAUUAGAUGUUUAGAGAAGUUUACAUCUUCACAAAGAUAAAAUUAAUUCUUCUGUACUCUAAAGUUUAUUGAGAAUAUAUGCAUUCUAUAAUUAAGAAGUAGGAUAUUGUUAAGGUAUGAAUUAUAUUGCAGGAUAUCUAUAUUUAAACUUUUAAGAUUAGGAAAUUGCAUACAAGGCUUUUGAUAGGAUGAUGAAUCUUUAUUUUAAAGAUCUUUAUGUAAAUGAUUUCUCUAAACUUGUAAUUUAAUUAUAUUUUAUAAUAGAAAAUUGGGUUUUAUUAAUUUGAUAGAUUAUUACAAAUCUUUUUACCUGAAUUAUCUUAACAUCUUAAAGAUUAGAAAAUAGAUCCAUCUUAUUAUGUAGCUUCUUGGUUUAUUACAUUAUAUUCUAAUGUAUUUUAAUAUAGUCAAAGAUCUGCUCUUUUAAAUAUUAUUUGGGAUAUAUUUUUAGCUGAAGAAUGGAAAGGUAUUAUUUUUCAUUAUUUAAAAUAGGUUUUUUCAAGUCUACUUUCUAUAUUCUUUGGUUGUUAUAAUAAUAAAUAUUAAAUUAAGAAUUUGAUGAAAUUUUACAUUUACUUGGAUAAUUGAUAAGAAGUGAAUUUUUCAGUAUCGACAAUGAAAAAGAUUUGAUUAAAUUGAUUUACAGUUAUGACAAAACUGUCAAAGAAAAUGAAUCAAUUAAGACAACUAUUUUAAAUAAGUUUAGAAUUACAAAUAGAAUGUUAAAGAGUCUAGAUUAAGAAUAUCACAGCUUUUAAAUGAAACUAAAUAAAAAAUUGAGUUUAUGUUUGAAAAAAUGA